AUGAACUUCACAGUGGGUUUCAAGCCGCUGCUAGGGGAUGCACACAGCAUGGACAACCUGGAGAAGCAGCUCAUCUGCCCCAUCUGCCUGGAGAUGUUCUCCAAACCGGUGGUGAUCCUGCCCUGCCAGCACAACCUAUGCCGCAAGUGUGCCAACGACGUCUUCCAGGCCUCAAACCCUCUAUGGCAGUCCCGGGGCUCCACCACGGUGUCUUCGGGGGGCCGUUUCCGCUGCCCAUCUUGCAGGCAUGAGGUUGUCCUGGACAGACAUGGUGUCUAUGGCCUGCAGCGAAACCUGCUAGUGGAGAACAUCAUCGACAUUUACAAGCAGGAGUCUUCCCGGCCACUGCACUCCAAGGCUGAGCAGCACCUCAUGUGCGAGGAACACGAAGAGGAGAAGAUCAAUAUCUACUGCCUGAGCUGUGAGGUGCCCACCUGCUCCCUCUGUAAGGUCUUCGGCGCCCACAAGGACUGCGAGGUGGCCCCACUGCCCACCAUUUACAAACGCCAGAAGAGCGAGCUCAGUGAUGGCAUCGCAAUGCUGGUGGCGGGCAACGACCGUGUGCAAGCAGUGAUCACACAGAUGGAGGAAGUGUGUCAGACCAUCGAGGACAACAGCCGGAGGCAGAAGCAGUUGCUCAACCAGAGGUUCGAGGCCCUCUGUUCCGUGCUGGAGGAGCGCAAGGCAGAGCUGCUGCAGGCACUGGCCCGCGAGCAGGAGGAGAAGCUGCUGCGAGUCCGGGGCCUCAUCCGCCAGUAUGGAGACCACCUGGAAGCUUCCUCCAAGCUCGUGGAGUCCGCCAUCCAGUCCAUGGAGGAGCCGCAGAUGGCGCUGUAUCUCCAGCAGGCCAAGGAGCUGAUCAAUAAGGUCGGGGCGAUGUCGAAAGUGGAGCUGGCGGGACGGCCCGAGCCGGGCUACGAGAGCAUGGAGCAGUUCACCGUGAGCGUGGAGCACGUGGCCGAAAUGCUGAGGACCAUCGACUUCCAGCCGGGCGCUUCCGGGGAGGACGAGGAUGAGGAAGUGGCACUGGACGGGGAAGAGGGCGGCGCGGGGCCAGAGGAAGAGCGGCCGGAGGGGCCGGAAGGUGAGCGCGUCCCGAGGGGCCUGGCGGGGCUGGCCCUACGCUCCGGUUCCCCCUCCCCCCAACUCAACCUCCUCCGUGACGCCUUCCUGCGGCCCCAGGAGUCGCUGGUGGCCUCCUCUCUUGAAGUGCCGCCCUGCCCGCCGCAGGAGGGGCGCCCCCUAGCGCGCGUGCAGAACUUCGGAGGCGACCCCAUCACCAUCCUGCCCUUCUCCGGAUCUGAGACCAUUUGA